AUGGCCAGCAAUGCAUCCACGAACGAAAACCUUUCUUGUACGUUGAAGGAGGCAUGGCCCGGAGGACCUACCAAUGGGGCUUUUCUCGACUACAAUCGACUCACCUUCCUCUCGGUAAUCGGCCUCCCCGUGUGCGCAGUAGGCGUCUUCACCAGCGCUCUCAGCCUCUGUCUCUUCUGCCGAGACAAUACGACCCCGCGAACUACUCGCAAGAUCCUCAUUGUCACAUCAGUGGUUGAUGUACAGUUUCUCCUCUUCUCCAUGCUCUACCUCCAACCCUUCAUCUUCUGUAGGGAAAAUUGCACUUGGAAUCAGUUCUUCAAGUCGCUUCCCUAUAUUCUGCCUAUAUUUUCCAUGGUAAAUAUUUUGGAAAGCCUGAGGAAUUGGUUGGUUGUACUCAUCGGCGUGGAGCGCUUCAUGGUGGUCUGCUUUCCUGUUCGCAGCAAGGUCUGGUGGAAUGGGAAGAUAACAAACUGCCUAAUAGCCGCCUGCAUUGGAUUAUCCAUCUUCGUUCGAAUUCCUCUGUUCAUUUAUCUAAUCAUAGAUGAUGCGGGAGAGGAGUGGUCUCGAGUGGCGGCAUGGCUUUACCAAGUACACUCCUUCACCGACAGCAUCAUGGUCACGCUGAUACCGCUGGUUAUCCUGAUUGUCUGCAGUCUAAAUAUUGCUCGUGACCUCCGGCAGUCGGAUCGUUUUCGACAGAAGCAGACGGAUCAGCAGCAGCAGGAGGAGGAUGCGUCAGGGGAGAGUCACAGGAAGAGCACCAGUUCUACUUCCAGUGUUGUUCGACGCGUCAGACUGACACGUGCCCUUCUCAUUGUCAUCGUCACCUUCACACUCUUCAUGCUCCCCCUGGUGCCAGUAAGCAUAAUUCAAAUUGUUUUGGACCACUUCUUUCCGACCUCAUGCGUCUGCCUGGUCGCUCUUUACGUCUGCUCCUAUGUGGCUGCACUUGGCUCGCAGUUGAACUCAACAGCCAAUUUUUUUAUCUACAUUGUCUACUGGAGCAAGUACCGGAAGAUGCUACUGCGGAUGUUGGGUUGUAAACAUGCUAAGCCUCUGCAGCGGUUGGGGAGUCAAUUUAAGGUGAAAAUUGGGCUGCCACAUCGAAGUGAUUCUGUAUUUGUGCGGCGUACAAAUUAG